AUGGGGAAUACGCCGUCGGCACCUAAGAUAACGGCUCAGGACCGGGCCAUUUUCCAGCUCAAACAGCAAAGAGACAAACUCAAAGACUACCAGAAGAGAUUGACAUUUGUGAUUGAGAAACAGACCAAUCUAGCACGUGAGGCUGUCAAAAACGGCCAGAACGACAAAGCCAAGUUCUACUUGAGACUGAAGAAACAGCAGGAGACCACUAUUGUGAAGACAUGCGAACAACUAGACAAUCUAGAAGGAUUAAUCGGCACCAUAGAGUUCAAGUUGAUUGAGAAAGAUGUCAUAUAUGGCUUGGAGCAGGGUAACCUGGUGUUGAAGAAACUUAACAACGAGAUGAAAAUCGACAAAAUCGACAAGAUCUUGGACGAUUUGGAAGAAGAACGAAUCAAGGUGGACGAGGUAUCUGAUGCCUUGGGGAUGGGCAGUGGUUUAAGUAAGCUGGAAGAAUUUGAAGUUGACGAAGAAUUUGAAAAACUUGAGCAGGAACUCAACAUUGUAGAACAGAAGAAUGACACCCAACAAGUUCCUGAACUUCCUGAAGUUCCUAAAGUGGACGUCUUACCAGAAGUUCCCAAAUCUGAGAUUGUUGAGCAACAGCCUAGCAGAGUGCUAGCCAACGAACCAAUAGCAAGCUAA